UUGCCAACCCAGGAAAAAAUCGAUCGCGUAGCCGAGUUGAAGGACAAGUUGGAACGCAGUUCCAUCAUCAUCUCCACCGGCUACUCCGGGAUGAAUGCCAAUCAGAUGGUGGACCUGCGACGCAGGAUGCUGGACGGCGGCGUUGAAUUCGUUGUCGUCAAGAACAACCUGUUGAGCCGGGCCGCGGACGCCGCGGACAUCCCCCAACUCAAGGAUGUUAUAUCGGGUCAGACCGCCAUCGCGUUGGGUUACGACGAUGCCGCCGUCACGGCGAAGGCGGUCAACCAGGCUGCCCAGGCCAGCGCCGGCGUUCUCGCGGUCCAUGGCGCGGUGAUCGGGCAAGAUGCCGCCAUGCAACCCGAGGAGGUCUCGCGGUUGGCCGAUUUGCCUCCCCGCCCCAUCCUCGUGGCCCUAUUGUUGGGCACCAUGCAAUCGCCGCUCUACGGUUUGGCAACCGUCCUCACCGGCACAAUUCGCAGUCUGGCCUACGUGCUGCAGGCCCGGAUGGACCAGUUGCAGCCGGCUGACGCGGCGGAAUAG